CCAGCGGCCAGCACCCAGAGCAGGCCUGGCAGCCGAGCUGCGCGCGGCACCAUGCGGGUCACCCUGAAGACCCUCCAGCAGCAGACCUUCAAGAUCGACAUCGACCCCGAGGAGACGGUGAAAGCACUGAAGGAGAAGAUCGAGUCUGAAAAGGGGAAAGAUGCCUUUCCUGUAGCAGGUCAAAAAUUAAUUUAUGCAGGCAAAAUCCUCAAUGAUGAUACUGCUCUAAAAGAAUAUAAAAUUGAUGAGAAAAACUUUGUGGUGGUUAUGGUGACAAAACCCAAAGCAGUGACAACACCAGCACCAGCUACAACACAGCAAUCAAAUUCUGCCACCACUACCACAGUUAGUUCCUCCACAGCACCAGCUGUGGCUCAGGCUCCAACCCCCGCCCCUGCUUUGGCUCCCACCCCCACCCCUGCAUCCAUCACUCCAGCAUCAGCAACAGCAUCUUCUGAACCUACACCUGCUAGUGCAACGAAACAAGAGAAACCUGCAGAAAAGCCAGCAGAAACACCAGUGGCUACUAGCCCAACAUCAACUGACUGUACAUCAGGAGAUUCUUCUCGGUCAAACCUUUUUGAAGAUGCAACAAGUGCGCUUGUGACAGGUCAGUCUUAUGAGAAUAUGGUAGCAGAGAUCAUGUCAAUGGGCUGUGAACGAGAGCAAGUAAUUGCGGCCCUGAGAGCCAGUUUCAACAACCCUGACAGAGCAGUGGAGUAUCUUUUCAUGGGAAUCCCUGGAGAUAGAGAGAGUCAGGCUGUGGUUGACCCCCCUCCAGCAGCUAGUACUCGGGCUCCUCAGUCUUCAGUGGCUGCAGCUGCAGCAACCAUGACAGCGACGACUACAACAACAAGUUCUGGAGGACAUCCCCUUGAAUUUUUACGGAAUCAGCCUCAAUUUCAACAGAUGAGACAAAUCAUUCAACAGAAUCCUUCCCUGCUUCCAGCAUUGCUACAACAGAUAGGUCCGGAAAAUCCUCAGUUACUUCAGCAAAUUAGCCAACACCAGGAGCAUUUUAUACAGAUGUUAAAUGAACCGGUUCAAGAAGCUGGUGGUCAAGGAGGAGGGGGUGGAGGGGGCAGUGGAGGAAGUGCAGAAGCUGGAAGUGGUCAUGUGAACUACAUUCAAGUAACGCCUCAGGAAAAAGAAGCUAUAGAAAGGUUAAAGGCUUUAGGAUUUCCUGAAAGACUUGUGAUGCAAGCAUAUUUUGCUUGUGAGAAGAAUGAGAACUUGGCUGCCAAGUUUCUUCUACAGCAAAACUUUCAUGAAGAUUGAAAGGGGCUUUUUUUUAAUCUCACACUUCACACCAGUGCAUUACACUG